GGCGAGGGCCGCGCGCGCCACCCCGCCCUCCUCGCGUGGCGGCGGCGGCGGCAGAGGCAGGAGCGGAGGUGUUACCGGUACCGGUACCAUGGGGGACGUGCUGGAGGAGCCGUGGUGGGAGACUGCGUCCGGGGCAGGCAGCACUCCAGAUCCUUCAGAUGAUGAAGAUAUUGAGAAAGCAGGUGAUAAGAGGACAGCAAUACAUCAAGAUUCAGAUUCCAAGCCUGCUGUGACAAAGAAAAGAAAGCAGCCUACAGAAUGUUUUCUAAGUCAGCCUGAAGAAAAACAAGAGAGCACUGUAAAGACAAAGAAAAGAAAGAAGAAGAAAAUUUCUGAUAUUUUGGAGAAGUCUGCUCCAAAACCUGGUGUUCCUGAAGAUCUACAGAAUUUGCUUAGUCAGCAUUUUGCUGAAAACCGUUCAGUGAUUGAAAUAGAGGAAUUAAAGCUGUCAGAUUCCUGCUUUUUGCCAGCAAAUGAUCUCACCCACAGCUUUUCUUCCUACCUGAAGGAAAUCUGUCCUAAGUGGGCAAAACUCCGUAAAAACCACAAGGAGAAGAAGUCAGUAGUGAUACUUGUUAUCUGCAGUUCUGCCCUUCGUUCCUUGGAACUCAUCAAGUCAAUGACAGCAUUUAAAGGAGACUGCAGAGUUCUCAAGUUGUUUGCAAAGCACAUAAAGAUAAAAGAACAGAUGAAUAUGUUGGAGAAAGGUGUGUUCCACAUCGGGGUUGGAACUCCUGGGAGAGUAAAAGCACUAGUGGAGCAAGAUGGCCUGUGCUUGAACUCCACAAAAUACAUGAUUCUGGACUGGAACUGGAGAGACCAAAAACUAAGAAGAAUGAUGGAUAUCCCUGAGAUAAAGAAAGAAACGAUUGACCUCCUGGAGAUGUGUAUAAUAAAGCUGUGCAGAGAGGGCUCUGUGAAGUUGGGACUCUUUUAAUAGUUUUACCAUCAAGGAAGUUGUUUGCAGCUGCAUUUUACUGUUAUCCUGUCUGCAUUUGGCAAACAGUUCAUGAGUGAUGGAAUUAAGAAUUUUGACAUUUCAGUACAGAAGGGAUGUGCAUUGCAACAUUUUCUGAGUUUCCUUUUAAUAACAGAGGUUUUGUUUGUAGUUUUACAAUGUUUUUUGCUGCAGGAGCAAUGUGAUACUGAAGUUAGAGGUACACCUCAUUCACCUGCUAGAUUUAAUACUAUGUCACUUUUAACACUUUGAAGAAAGCAAAUGUGGGUGUGUAAGACUUUGCACAAUUCAGUUUUCUGUUACCUUCCUCUGCUGUCCUGAAGGACAUCUGUACUUCUCAUGAGAGUGAUAAUCUAGUUCUUGCCUUUGAAAAUUGUGCUGGGAUUUCAGUUCUGUGUCAAAAAGGUAUUUUUCACCCAUCUGUUCUAGAGCUGGGCAGGUACUAUAUUUUUGCUAUAUAUAUGAGAAAUUAUCUGUAUUUUGUGAUUUUAUUUUAGUUAAGCUGUUGAAACAUGCAAAAACUAUUCUUCUGUAAUUCCAUUUAAAUUAAAAGACAGUGAUCUC